AUGCCGCCCAAGGCGCUCCGCUACUCCAAUGACGGCAGGAAGCCGCGGCCUGCGGUGGGGCGUGCCAACGGGAAGGCCAACACGAUGGUGGCGUCGACUGCAGCAACCGUAACAGCAGGCGCGCCGUCGUCCUGUUGGCAGGGUAGCAUGCGCCCAACGAGCAGAAUGUCAAUGACGACAAGCAGUGUGCCCGGCAGAGUCAUAUCCGCCACGCCUCUGCGCGACACGGCAGCGGCGGCGGGACGCGGCAACAACAACAACAACAUCAGCAGCAACGGCUACUACAAGACGCCGCUGCUUGCCACGGAUGAGCGCAGCGGCGACGCUGCCCCGCCGCUGCUGUACCGCACGGACCUGGACAAGCACGUCAUUCACUUCGCCUUCCAGUGGUUUCCGCGCAGCAUUGAGAUCAUGGAAGAAGACGACGUGAUGACGGGCGAUUGGCACUUCUUUUGGAUGAAUGUGGCGCGUGUGCGCAGCAUCUUCUCCACCUCCGAGUACCGCCUGACGGACUCCCAGAUCAUCAACCACUUCCCGAACCACUACGAACUGACGCGCAAGGAUCUGAUGUACAAGAACAUCAAGAAGUACAUCCGCGAACCCGCCAACGCGCAGCUGCGGGUGACGUUCACACCGCCAGGCAUAAAUGAGGGGGACGAGGGUGACUGCAACCGCAACUGGCUGCGCUUCGCGGACUGCGUGCCGGUGACGCACAACAUCCCCAACGACCUGCAAAUGCUGGCGGAGGAGUUCCGGCGCCAACCCGGCCGCACGUGGAUCGUGAAGCCCACCGCCCGUUCGCAGGGGCGCGGCAUUUUCCUCAUCAACCGCGUGUCGCAGCUGAAGCGGUGGCUGCGGGAGCGGAAGGACGCGGAGGAAACGGAGGGGGCGGCGCCGGGCGCAUUUAUUGUCUCCAAAUAUGUCGCCGACCCGCUUCUGAUCGGCGGGAAGAAGUUCGACCUGCGGCUGUACGUUCUCGUGACGUCCUUCAAGCCUUUGGUGGCGUACUUCCACGAGCAGGGCUUCGCACGCUUCUGCGCCACGCGGUACGUCGCCAACGCCCUCACGGACGACGACCUCGGCUCACAUCUCACCAACGUGGCGCUGCAGAAGGGCGAGGAGGCGUACAACGAGUCACACGGCGGCAAGUGGUCGCUGGCGAACUUGUGCCUCUUCGUUCAGGGGCGCUACGGCGCCGCGUGUGCCGACGGGCUCAUGCGCAGCAUCGAGUUUCUCAUCUACCACAGCCUUCGGGCCGUGGAGGCGGUGAUGUGCAACGACAAGCACUGCUUUGAGCUCUACGGCUACGACGUGCUCAUCGACAGCCAGCUGCGGCCGCACCUGAUCGAGGUGAACUCGUCGCCGUCGCUGUCGACCACGACGGUGUCGGACAGGCUCCUGAAGGAGGAGGUGCUCGAGGACGUACUGAAGAUUAUUUUCCCGCCGGCCUUCCCCGCCUCGGGCGCCAUGCCGUACUGGGAGUAUCGGCUGCGCACAGACUUAACGACAGCCGUGCCGACGGGCUUCCGGUUGCUACAGCCACAGGCGUGA